UCAGAAUAGCGCACGUGUGGAAUGUUUUUAUUUUUGUGAACGAUGUGAACCGCAUUUUAUUGUUUUCCAUUGUUAUUUAUUUAACGUUUAUGAAGCAAACUACAGUGUUUCUGAUAUUAUGAAGAUUCGACCACAGAAACACGUCCGGCUUGGAUUCUCCGGUAAGGCUAAAGCUCAACGCCGAACGAAUCAACCAAAAACUAGGAAAGAAAUCCGCAAGGAUAAGCGGCAGCAGAAGAAAAUCAAUCGGUUUAAUUACCACAGCCGAAAAAAGAAGGAUCGCUAUCAGCAUGGAGAGGAAAAAGACGACGGACCCGUGAGCAAACGAAAACGUGAUGCUGACAGUGAUGAUGAGGCUGAGAAUGACUUCGAUGAUGAAGAAAUUGAUUCCGAUUUCGAGGAGAAUGUGAAUACCGAAGGUGAAGCUCCUGCAGGAAAAAAUAAAGAAAUUCGAUCGGAAAUAAUGAGUCAAAUGGAAAAAGAACGGCAAGAUGAGCUGCGAGAGUUGAAAAGUUACGAACAGGGGCUGAAAGAUAAACGGAUUGAGCAACUGCAGGCAGCCAACGAAGAGGAUGAUUUGAUGAUUAAAAAGUACGAGAAGCUACUGAAGAUUAAUCGACGGAAGAACAAGGAAGGUGUUCCAAAGAGUUUCAACGACGGAUUGGAUUACGCUCUGGAGCUUUGCACGGAGGAUAAUGUGCAGAAAAUGUAUGAAGCCGCCAAAGAAGCGGCAGCUUUGAAGAACAAUUCAGAGGACGAGUUUGCGGAUGAUAUGGGUGAAGUGUUGGGAAAACGGAAACAGGAAGCUCUUAAUCGUAAAAUUCCGAAAAAGAGAAAAAAGUCCCAACUGGAGAAAGAUAAAACGAGAAUGGAGAAGCUGAAGGAGAUCGAGAAGAAGUACCUCGGGGAUGACGACUUGGAUAGUUUGGACGGGUUUGAUUCGGAACUGGAAGUUGAUCCGAAUGAAGAUGAUGAAGACUAUUCCGAAAAUGAUGAACUGUAUGAUUCCGAGGAGGAUAAUUCUGCAGAUUCUGAGAAAGCAGAAGAACCAAUGCCUAAGAAGAAAAAUAAGGGCGAUUCUAAACAGGUGACUUUUAAGGAAAAAAAUAUAAAACCUAACGGUAAAAAACAAAAACUACAGGAAAACCCGGAAUCUGACAUCGAAGAGGAUUCUGAAUUUGAUGAAGUUUUUGGUGGUAGCGAUGGUGCUUCGGAUGCAAGCGAUUGUAGCAGUUCAGAGGAGGCCAAUCAAGUACCCACCAAUAAUCAGUCAUCGAAAGCCUCAGAUACCUGGGAAGAUAUCUACGGUCGUAAACGAGAUAAGGAAGGAAACGUGAUUAAGGAGGAAUCCAGUAAAGGCAAAUACAUACCACCGCAUUUGAGAGCCCGAUUAGAAUCUGGAAAACCGAAAGAUGCCAAACAGCAGGAAAAGCUUCUUAGAUUGAAACGUCAGCUUAAGGGCCAGCUCAAUCGACUGGCGGAAUCCAACGUUCAUAGGAUUUCGAUUGAAUUAGAUAAUUUGUAUAUGCAAAAUUCGCGCUUCGAUAUGAACAGCACCUUAACGAAUCUGAUUACCGAAGCAAUAGUAUCGCAGUCGCUUUCGUCCGAGAGAAUGGUGCUUGAGCAUACGCUACUGGUUACAAUUUUGCAUGCCAAUGUCGGUUCCGAAGUAGGGUCACAUUUUCUGGAAACGAUUGUAGAGCGAUUCGACGAAUUAAUCAAGAAUAUCGAUACGUUCGAGGUGGAAGAUAAAACGUUGGAUAAUUGUGUGCUUAUAUUGUGUCAUCUGUACACGUUUCAAAUCUUUAAAAACAAACUAAUCUAUGACGUGAUCGAUCAACUGCUCGAUAAGUUCAAUGAAAAAGCGGUUGAAUGUAUUCUAUUGGUGCUACGGUCGAUCGGAUUUGUGCUGCGCAAGGAUGAUCCCCUGGCGCUAAAGGAAAUGAUUCAGAAGGUGCAGAAAAGAGUAACGGAAGCGUCGGAUGAAAUGAAAAACGAUGCUCGUGUGAAGUUCAUGAUGAACUCUCUGUUGGCAGUGAAGAACAAUAAUAUGAAUAAGAUCCCCCAAUAUGAUCCAAGUCUAGUCGAACAUUUCCGUAAAAUUUUGAAAGGUAUGAUCACCAGUGGAAAAUAUGUUAGUACAUUGAACAUCGGCUUGGAAGAUCUUUUGAAAAUAGAUGAGCGGGGCAAGUGGUGGUUAGUUGGUUCGGCUUGGCACGGAAACGUGGAUAACAAUGGGAAGACCAACCAGACUACGUCGUUUGGUGAUGGAAAUGCCUUUAGUCAGCAACUGCAGGAUCUUGCUCGUAAACAGCGAAUGAAUACAGACGACAAGCGGAAUGUGUUUUGUGUGAUCAUGAGUGCCGAAGAUUACCUGGAUGCAUUUAACAAGAUCCUACGGUUAGCCAUCAAAGAUCAGCGGGUGGUCGUAACUGUAAUAAUUCACUGCUGUUUAUCUGAGAAAGAUUACAAUCCGUAUUACGGUGUGCUUUCGCAGAAAUUUUGCGACUACGAUCGUCGCUAUCAGUUGGCAAUCCAGUACGCCAUCUGGGAUCGGUUGAAGGAUAUCCAUUCGCUGAAGCAAGUGCCCGCAAAGCACCUGGCUAAAUUACUAACCUACUUAAUUAGCGAAGGUGGGUUGGCGGUGUCUGUGCUGAAAGUAAUUGAAUUCGCGGAAAUCGAUAAAACGACGCUUCGGCUGGUGAGGCAAAUCAUGCUGGGAAUUCUGCUGUUGGAGGAUGAAAACAAAUGCCUGCAGGUUUUCAAUCGUAUCGCGCCCAGUUACAAGCUGAAAGCGUUCAAGGAUAGUCUGCGUCUAUUUUUGCAUCAUUUCUUGCUAAAAGGAAGUGAUAGAAGCACCGUCGGAAAGCAGGAAAUGCAGCUGCUGCAACAACGAAUUGGGAUGGCUGAACGGAUGCUCAAUACUUCCGAUAUGAAAAUACAAUUUUGAGUAUUUUGUUUUCCUUUCUA